UUGAAUGGACGCCACCAAUUCGUGAAGCUGCUAGUAGAGAAGGCGCAUCAGGAAGCAAGCCACGCCAACAGAGAGACGGUGGUCAACGACCUACGCACCAGGUUUCAUAUCCUCCGAUUACGACUUACCGUACGAGAAGCGGAGCGGAGAUACCUGCGCCGCAGGGUACGCAAGGCGACACCACGGCCUGCGGUUACAGUAGACCUACCACCCGAACGGUUAGGGGCGUUUGCGCGACCAUUUACGUACACCGGAGUCGACUAUUUCGGGCCUCUGAUAGUUACGAUAGGACGACGGCACGAAAAACGGUGGGUAGCACUAUUCACGUGCUUAAGGACGCGCGCGGUUCAUUUAGAACUAGUUUACUCCCUGACAACGGACUCGGCGAUAUCGGCAUUGCGGCGCAUGGCGGCUAGGCGUGGGUGGCCACGGGUUAUAUACGCCGACAAUGGCACAAACUUUCAUGGGGCAAACACAGAACUGCAACGGGCGAUGGAAGAGUGGGCACCGCAGCUGAAGGACUACGCGCUGACUCGGCGAACAGAAUGGAAAUUCCUCGUACCGGGCGCGCCUAACCAAGGAGGCGCAUGGGAGCGUCUCUUGCGCUCAGUGAAGACCGCACUCGAAGCCACUCUACAUCAAAAGAGCCCACGGGAGGAGACGUUAGCGACCCUCCUGACAGAAGCAGAGAACACAGUAAACUCUCGACCGCUGACGCACUCACCACGCACACCCAUUGAUCGUCGGGCGUGGAGAGCGGCGCAGGGGCUCGCCGACGAGUACUGGAGGCGCUGGGUGAAAGAGUACCUGCCAACGCUGGUUGCGCGCGGGGACUCCCGAGAUGCUCAGCAGCGCCAAAUUCAAGAAGAGGACCUCGUCGUGGUUGCGGACGGCAACUUACCAAGAAACGUGUGGCCGCGGGGUGUCGUGACGAAGACAUUUCGUGGACCGGACGGCGUGGUGCGCAACGUCGAGAUUAGGACCAGGGGCGGAGUGCUGCGGCGACCCGUCAGGAAGAUAGCCGUCCUCCCGAGUGAACCUUAG